AUGUUUCCGGUGUUACCACGUACCGGUCAAGUUAUAGAUCCUGCAUCAUCAAGUUUUUCAUCUAUUUCAUUCCAUCACUCUCAGCCAGAGGAAAAUUUAAAAAAAAUUGAAAAAGUAAGACAGAGAUACGAUCGACUUGCACGAAUUGCUGGUAAUACACAGCAGUCAAGUCCAAUGUUUAUCAAAUUGAUUAAUAAGAAUUUGUCAAAAGAUCGUACGAUCGAUGAGCAAACUCAUGCAGCUCGAUUAUACUCGAAUAAUAGCAAUGGAUCGCAGUUAAAUAAACCAAAUUGGUUGCAUUCAAAUGUUCUCGAGAAUCAGUUAAAGUCCAACAUAAAUGACGGGAUAGAUGCAAAAAAUGAAAUUUGGAAAUUCAAAAAACCUGAAACAAUGGAAGCUUCCUGUAUUUCCAAUAAUAAAAAACAAAAACAUGUUAUUUUCAAAGAAUACUUCCGUUUUUGGAAUUUCUCUUUAGAACCGAUUGAUUUAAACCAACAUUCCUUGCAUAUUUUGCAUAUAUCGAUGAUAAAUCGAAAAUGUUCUACAGAUCAGAAAUCAGCAUUUUGUUGCCAAGAAAUUACUAAAAGUGUAGAUGAUUUUACAAAUAAAAAUACAAACGUAUGUAAUGUACCGCAGGAAUCGAAGAAAUGUCAUGAAUUUUGCAUUAAUAUUAAUCCGGAAAACGGACACUUCAUUAAUUCUAUGGAAUAUCCAUGUCUGGAAAGUGGUGGUAAGUCAUCAAUUUCAACGUUUGUAGACUGGGUUCAAACGAUUAUUUAUAAUAAAACGAGCGCAAUAAUCGUUGGACAAAAUGAAAAUGCCAGAAAUCCGGAAUUUCAAACUUGGGCUAAACAAAUGCUUCAGAACUUGGAUAUCGCACUCGCUUUGAACAAUUACAAUAGCACUACGAUAUUCUCAGAAGAACAAACCAGCAACACCGUGCUUUUAAGCCAAUGGAUCGAAUUUCCAAAAUCGAAUGAAACGACUACCGGUCAAGAAAUAGCCUGGCAACUAUUAAAAGAAUAUCAACAGUACGAUGAGAAUGUUUCUAAUAAUUUGAUCCGAAUUUGCACAACAAAUCAAGAAAUGGUUCAAAUUAUCUGUACGGAACAACAUUUCCAUAAUUUUUGUCGUCUAGAUGAUCCGGAUGAAUGCGUGGAUGAUAUUUUUAGUGCACAAAGAUCCGUCAUUUGCAGACAUUUUAUCAUAGACGGUGAAAAAGUUAUGGAAAUAACUGAAUUACUCUGUGAUUCAUUAAAUGAAUCGGUCAUUUUCUGGGAUUAUCAACGUGAAGCAUCGGAAAGUGCUACCGGUAUUCUUAUGUUACAGUUAACUCGUACAACAGUAAUUCAUUCCAUUCCUGUUGCUGCUGUUCAAUUAAAUCAACAUGGUAAGAGUGAAAGCAUAAAGGAAAAACGAGGCAAAUAUGGAAGUGCUGUAAAAUUGAAAACUGAUGGACAAGCUAAAAAUACAUACGAAAAAAUUCUAAAAACACCGUUUCCGGAACUGUCUAAAAUGACAGAAAAUUUGGCGGAAUUCAGGAAAAUCCAUAAUAAGCUUGGAACAGUGGAUUCUCUAAUAAUGCAAAAGUCCGACCAAACUUAUGAGACAGAUCUAACUGUAUCGGAAAAUUUAUCGGAAGUUGAUGUUACAACGUCGGAAACGGCCCUGACUAUUACAUCAAAUUUAACAAAUCCACCAGAAAUAAAACAAAAUUUUGAUGAUAUUUUUAACAGUACAACAGCAAAUAUAACAAAUUCGAACCACAUGAAUAAAAUCAAUACGACUGUUGAAAUUCAAGUUCAUACUAUCAAUGAUUCCGCAGGAAAAGCAGUAACCACAAACCAUAAAACCAACUUAUUGAAGCGCAAUAAACAACCACUUUGGAAACCAUUCCAUAUGGACUGCAAUAUUGAAAAAGACGAAUUCAAUGUAACCAAUUGCAGCAAUUGGGCAGCUGCAGGAUACUGUCUUUCGAACAAUGCCACGCGAUUUUUAUGGUGUCGUAAAACAUGCCUUUGCGUCGGACCACCACAACUAUAA